CUUAAACGGUCCAAGGUUUUUAUCCGUCGACAUCUUUUUAAAAUAUCUCAAACUCAAAACUGGUGACCACGCAGACAGAGAGAGACAGAAAAUGGAGAGAAGCACACCGGUGAGGAAGCCUCACACGUCCACUGCCGAUCUGCUCACCUGGUCCGAGGUCCCUCCUUCCCAUUCUUCGGCCACCGUCUCUGGCGCUCGCUCUCACCAGCCUUCCGAUCGAAUCAGCAAAGUCCUCCACGGAGGUCAGCUGACAGACGAAGAAGCUCAGAGCCUCAUGAAAAAGAAGCCAUGUUCCGGGUAUAAAUUGAAAGAAAUCACUGGUAGUGGUAUAUUUGCUGGAAAAAAUGAAGAUGCUGCAUCGGAAUACGAUGCUGCUAAUCAUAACAAAACAGGGCUGCGUACUUAUCAGCAAGCAAUGAAUGGAAUUAGUCAAAUCUCAUUCAGUGCUGAAGGGAGUGUUUCUCCCAAGAAGCCUACUUCUCUCCCUGAGGUAGCAAAGCAGCGUGAAUUAAGUGGAACAUUGCAAAGUGAGUCGGACAAAAUGUGUAAGAAGCAUACAUCAAAUGCCAAGUCCAAGGAGCUCAGUGGACACGACAUCUUUGGCCCUCCUCCCGAAAUUGUGCCUCGGUCAGUAGCUGCUGCACGCACCAUGGAAUCAAAAGAAACCAGAAACGUGGUGGAACCUGCACCUCGAAAUGUUCGAACGUCUGUCAAAGUUUCCAAUCCUGCUGGUGGUCAGAGUAAUAUCAUGUUUAGUGAAGAACCAGAUAUCAAGACAGCAAAAAAAAUACAUAACCAGAAGUUUGCAGAGCUGACUGGCAAUGAUAUUUUUAAGGGAGAUGUUCCUCCAGGAUCCACUGAAAAGCCACUGAGCACGGCUAAGCUGAGAGAAAUGAGUGGAAAUGACAUCUUUGCUGAUGGCAAGGCAAAGUCAAGAGACUAUCUUGGUGGUGUCCGCCAGCCCCCUGGUGGUGAGAGCAGCAUUGCCUUGGUUUAAAUAAUAUCAGUGCAUGAUGCUUUCUUCAUAUCCCUUCAUGAACUUUUGUGUCAAGUUCAGGACUGUAAGAUUGAAGGUUUUGGAGUGAAUGAGUAUUGUUAUUCCAAUACAUUGUUAGGGUUUAACAUUCAGUUAUGUCCACUAUCCAUUUUCUUGUGAA